CAAAAUACGCGGAAGUGGUAGGCGGAAGAAGCCUCGGCGGAAGCGGUCUGGUCUGUCAAGGGAGGACACAUUUAGCACCAUUUGACUCAACUAGCCUGACUUAACCAAAUUGCAGCGAUUCUCUGCCCUUUUCGUCGACGCCACCACCCACUGCGAUGAUCCUGUUAGAAAUCAAUAACCGCAUUAUAGAAGAGACCCUGUCGUUGAAGUUCGACAGCGCAUCAAACGGAACCAAGCCCGAGGCUGUUGAUGUGACGUUUGCAGACUUCGAUGGCGUGUUGUACCACAUUUCCAACCCAAAUGGUGAUAAGACCAAAGUGAUGGUCAGCAUUUCCCUGAAGUUCUACAAGGAACUACAGGAGCAUGGGGCUGAUGAGCUGCUGAAGAGAGUGUACGGAAGCUUCCUUGUUUCACCAGAGGCUGGCUACAAUGUGUCACUUCUUUAUGACCUGGAUACCCUACCAGGCAACAAAGAUGAGGUUGUGCACCAAGCAGGGAUGCUGAAGAGAAACUGCUUUGCCUCCGUGUUUGAAAAAUACUUCAAGUUCCAGGAAGAGGGCAAAGAGGGUGAGAAGAGGGCUGUGGUCCACUACAGAGAUGACGAGUCCAUGUAUGUGGAGGCAAAGAAAGAUCGGGUGACGGUGGUGUUCAGCACAGUCUUCAAAGACGACGAUGAUGUCAUAAUUGGCAAAGUCUUCAUGCAGGAGUUCAAAGAGGGUCGCCGAGCAAGCCACACAGCCCCACAGGUGCUGUUCAGCCACAGGGAGCCGCCUCUGGAACUCAAAGACACAGACGCAGCUAUCGGAGACAACAUCGGAUACAUCACCUUUGUCCUUUUCCCACGUCACACCAAUGCCAAUGCCAGAGACAACACCAUCAACCUCAUCCACACCUUCAGGGACUACCUGCAUUAUCACAUAAAAUGCUCCAAGGCUUAUAUUCACACUCGCAUGAGGGCCAAGACGUCAGACUUCCUCAAGGUUCUCAACCGUGCCCGACCGGAUGCUGAGAAGAAAGAGAUGAAGACCAUGUCUGGGAAGACCUUCUUUCGCUGAUGCCCAGCGCCAGGACAGCUGAGCCGAAGCCACCGUCCGUGGCCACAUGCAAACGCGCCACGCUGCGACUCAACGGCACAUUGGACAGGCCUCCAGGAUGCCUCUAAACGCCCCACACGGUCCACUCUCUAAAUUCUUUCUUUCUCUCUAUUUUUCUUUAUAACAAAUAGUAAAGUUGAUGGGAACAGCCAAGGCUCAAGAUCAUGAAAACAGGGCAUUCCUUGCUUUGCAUAGUUAAAGCGCACUAUCAGUCAUUCAUAUAUAUAUAUAUAUAUAUAUAUAUAUAUAUAUAUGAAUGCCAUUUUUGAUACAAUAUAUUUUUAUUCCACUUGGUACUCUUACAUGACCUUCACCACUUCAUUUUACGCGAUGGUUUCAAUACCCCCUUCUGCGCUUUCAUCUGUCAUUGUCAUUUGAGGGAAAAAAAAUAAAACGCUGAAAUACCACAACAUUAUCUCGGGUCGUGUGUGUAUAAUAUCCGGAGGUGGAAAACACUACCCACACUCUGUACCAACAUCGAAAUGUGAUGUUCGGGGUCGGGGGAGAUUUUUUCAGGCAGAACAAUUAAAUGCUACAAUUGAUGUUGACUUGUGAAUUGACCGGUUGCUAUUGAAUACUAACAUUGUAUUCAGCUAAACAGACACAAAGUAAAUUUGUGAGAAAAUUGAGAUGGAUCAUUAUUUUAGUUAUAUGUACAGUGUAAUUUUUGUGUCAUUUUUGUUUGGUGGAUUUAAAAUAUGUGCCUUGGCUCAAUAAAGAUUUGGAAACAC